UCCCCAUUCUCCUCUGCAAAGCAUUACUGGGAUUGCAAAUGCGAUGAUGUCAUAGCUUUAGCGAGAGGGUGCGGGAAGCCCAUGAAACUGACCAAAAAAAAAUAAUCUUGCCAGAGAUUUGUCACUGGCUUCAGGGUUUCAUGGAGAUGAUGAAGAGGAUUCUCCUAGAGAGAGUCGUUGGCGGAGUGUGUUAGGGUCACCCCCCCACCCCGGGUUCCAACAGAAAGUGAUGCAUUACAUAUCCACUCACACCAGGGAUCAGGAAACAGGGACAGCCCUUGUGCAAGAUGACACGGUCCCUUAUUACUCCUCUGGGUCAAGAAGUGGUUCCAGAAGAUCUAGAGGUGGCCCAACGGGAGGACACCUGACAAGGAGCAAGCUGGUGCAGAAGUAUCACAAAUCAUCCUAUAAUGGAGGCAACCAGACAAACGAGAAUUUCUCGACCGCACAAGAUAAGUGAAUCCUCCAAGGUGUACAGAUGGGCUGACCACCCCAGUCUAGUUCUUCAGAGUCUGAAUGAGCAGAGACACCAAGGACUUUUCUGUGAUAUUAUUCUGGUGGUGGACGAACAAAGAGUCCCUGCCCACCGGAAUCUCCUAGCUGUUUGCAGUGACUACUUCAACUCCAUGUUCACCAUUGGCAUGCGAGAGGCCUAUCAAAAAGAGGUCGAACUAUUUGGAGCCUCUUACAUUGGUCUCAAAGCUGUGGUGGAUUUCCUAUAUGGCAGUGAGCUGUCCUUAGAUGGUGGCAACAUUGAUUAUGUGCUGGAAACAGCUCACCUGCUGCAGAUCUGGAAGGUGGUUGACUUCUGUUGUGAGUAUCUCGAAAAUGAGGUCAGCGAGGAGAACUACCUGUACCUUCAAGAGCUGGCCUCUAUUUACAACCUGAAACGCCUGGACUCCUACAUCGACUCUUUCAUCCUGCAGAACUUUGGCACACUCUCUUUCACGCCUAACUUCCUGCAGAACAUUUCCAUCCAAAAACUCUGCCAGUAUCUGGGGAGCAGCAACGUGCAGCAGGAAUGUGAGCACGACUUGCUGCAGGCCGCCUUGCAGUGGCUGACACAAUACCCGGAAAGAGAAAACGAGGCUUACCAGGUACUGGACAACAUUCAUUUUCCCUUGAUACCGAAGAGUGACCUCCUCCAUCGAGUCAAGCCUGCUGUCUGCUCUCUUCUCCCGAAGGAAGCAAACUGUGAGGGGUUUAUAGAAGAAGCGGUGAACUAUCAUAAUAACGUCACAGCCCAGCCAGUGCUCCAGAACAAGCGGACGGCUUUGCGUACAAAUGAAGAGAGGCUCCUCUUUGUGGGUGGGGAGGUUUCGGAACGGUGCCUGGAGUUAAGCGAUGAUACCUGCUUCCUGGACACCAAAAAGGGGCAAUGGAUAACAGAAACGCCACUCCCAGCCAGGCGAAGUCACCACUGUGUUGCAGUGCUGGGAGGUUUCAUCUUCAUAGCUGGAGGCAGCUUUUCAAGAGACAAUGGAGGGGAUGCAGCUUCAAAUCUUCUAUAUAGGUAUGAUCCCCGCUGUAACCAGUGGAUAAAGGUUGCCUCCAUGAGACAACGACGCGUAGAUUUCUACCUUGCAGCCAUUACAGAUAUGCUGGUAGCUGUUGGUGGGAGGAAUGAAAAUGGGGCUCUUUCUUCAGCUGAGACCUAUAGCCCUCAAAAAGACGCCUGGUCUUAUAUAGCAGGCUUGCCAAGGUUUACCUAUGGGCAUGCUGGCACUGUCUACAAGGAAUUUGUUUAUAUCUCCGGGGGCCAUGAUUACCAAAUUGGUCCCUAUAGAAAAAAUCUCCUCUGCUAUGAUUACCGCACAGAUGUCUGGGAGGAAAAGCGGCCAAUGAUCACUGCUCGGGGGUGGCACAGCAUGUGCACCUUGGAGGACAAUAUCUAUUCCAUUGGCGGCAGUGAUGACAACAUAGAAACUAUGGCACGCUUUGACAUUCUGAGUGUGGAGUCUUACAGCCCUCAGUGUAACCAGUGGACCAGAGUCUCUCCCUUGUUUCAAGCAAACAGUGAGUCUGGAGUGGCAGUCUGGGAAGGCAAGAUUUAUAUUCUUGGAGGCUAUAGCUGGGAAGACACUGUCUUCUCCAAAACUGUCCAGGUAUAUGACAAGGAGAAAAACAAGUGGUACAGAGGAACUGACCUUCCCAAAGCUAUUGCUGGUGUGUCUGCGUGCGUCUGUGCAUUGAAACCCAGAAAGGAGGACAAAAAGAAAAAGACAAAAACGAAGAAGCAUCAGGAUCGGGGAAGAUGACACAGCUUGGGAACCUUGUAACUAAUCAUCUCUUUCAAAUCUUCAUUUAAAAAAAAAAAGAAAAAGAAAACAGUUUCUGAAACCUUAGAGAACAUGUGGUCGAACAUCUUUGGGUGAGGGUCACGUAAAGGUAACUACUACUACUGAAUGGUGGUGAGGUUGCAAAGGGUGCUAUGCUACCCAUCCUGUACAUUUAGGUGUAGACUGUUACUUCUGUGGUUCUUAGCUUUUACACACUUUUAUAAUAAUAAUAAUAAUAGGUAAAAAUUUUAAAAAAUUGAAAACUUUUUGGCUUAGAAAAUUAAAUGAUGGGGAGGGAAAAGAGGACCAAACAUCGGUUUGACGUUGCAAAGAGAAGUCUAGAGGCAGUUGCUAUUGAAAACUGAUAUGGAUCUUGUUGUAAAUCCUGAUUGUUUUUUUUCAUUAAAUUUUAAUUUACAAUA